CGAUUCGUUAGAGGUUGAGAAACACUGUUCUAGACAUAGCAGUGAAUUACAUUUUAUGCAUGUAGUUUGAGUCUUGGAUGCUUAUGUUCAAAUCAAUUUGUAUGCCUGCUUCAAGCCUGUAAAUUUGGCAGAAAACGUUAGUUCUGUGAUUUAUUGCUGGAAAAGUACGAAAUGUGUGUUUCAUGAUUUUUAUCGUCAAAUCUCAAAUUAUUAAAAAAAAAUUUUUUUGAGUUGGCUUCUAAGUACUUUUUAGAACGUUUUGGCUACAGAAGCUAGAAACAUCUGGCAACGUGGAAGAAGUCGAUUCAAGCGCCAUCUCUAUUUUAUUUAAAAACGUGUAACUAUCUAUUUGGAAGAAAGUUUAAUUUUUUUUUGCGUCUUACUGUCGAUUACUAUUUUUGUGUAUGUUGACUAAAUAUUGUUUAUGUAAAAAUUGUAAUAAAACGCAACUUGGACGUGAAUAGUCUCCGAGGUACUAGAUUAAACUACCGAAGGCAAUCGGGACUAAACUAUAUUUUAUAGAAAUGACUUCAUUCAGAAUUCUAAUUUAUUAUCUUCAGGUAAAUAGGCAUUUAAGUAUCUCCGUGUUAUCAGCAACAUGCGCAAAUUCAUUAGUUAUCAAUUAGUGCUAUCGGACUUGCCUCGAAUUCUAAUCGUUAUUUGUUCGCCGUGCAUUAGUUCGGUUCAAAUUUUUGGAAUUGUUUUGCUUCAGUUAUUUGCCGUUGUUCAAAUUGUUGACGAUAAUCUGUGUUUAAAACCUACAACGUCCGUCGGCAUAAUGGCUAAACAAGUUGUCAAGCGCAAAGAUUUGUCUGUCAAAGAAAAACAAGAAAUUUUACAACGUUAUGACAAGUUGCCAGAAAUGAGUCAACGAAAGGCUGCCGGACAGUUACAAAUCUCGCAGCCACUUUUAUGCAAGAUUUUGAAAAACAGAGCAAGUAUCGAAAUGUUGGCACAGAAAAAUGAGAACAUAAUUCGUAAGAGAAAUCGAACCGGAAAAGAUAGACAGGUCGAGUUGGCUUUAAAGAAUUGGUUCAGUAACGUUCGUGAAAAAGAUGUGCCCGUUAACGGGCCUCUGAUGCGUCAAAAGGCGGAAGAGCUGGCCAAGGAAAUGGGAAAGGACGAUUUUGUUGCCACGGACGGUUGGUUUAGCCGGUGGAAGAAACGGGAGAAUAUCGUGUACGGACACGUUCCUGGCAGGGGAAAGAGUGCCGAUUUCGAGGCGGCCGAGACGUGGAGUAAGAUGGAGUGGCCGAAAAUUAUCAUUAAAUACGCACCAGAGAAUAUUUACAAUGCGGAUGAGAUGCUGCUUUAUUUUCGUGCAAUGCCCGAUUACGAUUACAUGAUUAAGCGUGAAAGCGACAGAAAAUUGGACUCGCUGAAGGAACACGUUACGGUUCUCUGCUGCGCUAAUAUGCGAGGUCAGAAACGAAGGCUUUUGGUGAUUGGAAAAAAAAUGAAAUCUCUGUGUUUUAAGAAUGUAAAGCAUUUGCCGGUGGAUUAUCGCUCGAGUGCAAAUGCUUGGAUGACUACUACUAUUUUUAACAACUGGUUAGUAAAAUGGGAUAUGUGUCUGAAACGAAAAAUUGUUUUGUUAGUAGAUAACUAUACGGCACAUAGGUCUGUAAAUACAUCCUUAAAAAACAUUAAAAUAAUCUUCUUUCCUGCAAACACGGCAUCGCUGAUUCAGCCGUGUGGUCAAGGAAUUAUAAGUAACCUAAAGGCUUACUAUAGAAGAGAAUUACAUACGAGAAUUUUAGAAGAAUUAGAUGAUACUGAAAGUAAAAUGAAUGUAAAUGAUAUUGCUAAAAGAAUUUCUUUUCUUGAUGCUCUACAUCUUCUGGCAAUGUCUUGGAAGCAAGUAUCUAAGCAAACCAUUGAAAACUGUUUCAAAAAAGUUAUAUUUUUUAAAAUGGGUACAGAAACAUCUGCAAACAAAGCUGAUUUUGUUCAAGAAGAAAUUGUAGAUAAACUUCCAAAACAUAUGUCAAAAGAAGAGUCUGUUGAAGAAGAAAUCAUAGAUAAACCUUUGCAGGGUAUGUCGAAAGAAGAAUUUGAAUAUUGGUUGGCUAUUGAUGAGGAAAUUCAAAUGAUAACGUCAGGAAUAUGCCAAGGUGUUAAUAAAGAUGCUGAAGAAUUAGCUGACGAAAAUGAAACCAUUCGGCAAGAAUAUAGUGUGGAGGACCCUCCGACAAAUGCUCAGAUGCGAGCAGCUCUUCGAGUACUUCGUAGUGGUGUGCAACACAGAGCUACUGAAUUUCACAAACAUUAUGAAUAUGAGCUUUUUAUUAAUGAACUGUUGCAGAAAAAACAACAGACAAACAAGACUGUUUGAAUUACUAUAUUUCUAGUAAUAAUUGUAAUGUAUUAUUUGAUGAUUUAUUAAUUGUUUUUAGCAUAUUUUUUUUUAAUAUCAGAAUCAAUAAAAACAAAUUUCUGAUAAUUGUAACCUUCUAUAUUUAACUGAUAUCAUCAAGUAUGCUAGCAUCAUCAAUAUUUGCAAAUUUCAAAAUGAUUUACAAUAAGUAAUCUACUGUAUUUUGGUAUUAUUAUUGUUUGAGUGUUUCCUAUUUGGCAUACAUACUGAUGCCAAGUAGGAAACAAGUGCUAUGCUGGAUUAAAAUCGAGACAUAACUACAGAAAUAAGUUUUGUUUGUGCUGUUUUUGUAUGUUUAUUAGUGAAGUAUGUCUUGACAUGAGAAAAACUAAUCCCUACAGUAGACUGUCUCCACAUUAGACUUUAUUUUUUGUUUAAUUAUUACUUCAUUUUUUUCCCAAAAAUGUUACUUAUGCAAAAAAGUUUUGAUAGAAAAAAAUACAUUAAAUCAAGCAAAACUGAUGAGCUAUCUCAUCUAAAAUAAUAUUUAAUGGGAAAUCAGCAAGCAUAUUUUUAUUUAAAAAAAUUAAAAAAUAAAAUAAAAUUCUAAUGUGGAGAGACAGUUCACUGUAGGGAUUAGAUAUUUCUGAUGUGGAGAUAUUAAUAUAUACAUACAAACAGUAUUAGUAUGGUAUAUGUUUAAGGAUUUCUUGUUUGGUAUGGAAGUCUUCUGUAGUAUGAUGUAGGUGCUUUUGUGAAGCUGUAUGUUUUAAGACCAAUAUAUAUGGUAUGCUAGUGCAAGAAAGGAAGGAUUAUUUUCACAAUCAGUAUUUUAUCCAUUCUUCACAGGUGCUUUAAUUAAUUCAUGGGAAAGUUUUGAGUUUUACUAAUUUGUUUAAUGUAUGUAGUUUGUAUGUUGAGUGUUUGGAACAGCUAUAUAAUCACAGAUAAAACAAUGCAAUGCAACAGACUAGACAUCACAUUUAUAAACAAACAAAACAAAGCCACAUAUGUAAUAUAUGGCUUUGUCAUUGUAUAUUGGGUGUUGUUUUCUACAAUUAUCUAAGCUGUGUAUUUGUAGUAUGGUACAUGGCUGUAAAAUAGUUUAUCAAUCUUUUGAUUACUUCAUUGUAAGUAGUCAAUUUGUGUUAAAAGUUUACAAUCCGGUGUGAUGUGGAAUUUUCUACAAAUGAUGUCAGUGACUGUUGUCUUUUAAUGAUGUGCUUAUAGUAGUUUCUUGUAUUUAUUACCUGGUUGUUUAGGUAAUCAUAAACCUUUGUAUUUCAUACAUUGAUAAUCUGAUCACAAUUUGGAACAAUUGCUCAGUAGAAGACACUUCAAGACAAUUAACAGCAAUAAAGUGGGCAUUACUCUGAAAAUGGAUCAAAAAAGUUUAUCAGAUAAACUUUAUGGACAUAACAGUGUAGUACAAUAUUGCUUUUUUUGCUACAAAAAGUGUACAGAAAGCCAGGUAGCAUUGGCUCAUAUAUUCACUGGUACUUCAAGGAUUAGAUGUCUCAUAAACUGGCAGUUAUAGGGCACUACUGAAAACAACAGUCACACACUCAAUCUAUCCUGGAUACACAAACAAGAAAUUGAGUUGAUGAUUGAUGCAUGCAUGGGUCCUGCAAAAACUGAUAGAGAUUGGUUACAGCUUGUUGAAAUUCAAACCGAUAGACAAAAAAGGUAAUCUAUAAGUGAAAUAAAGAAGUUAAAGCAAUAACAUGCAAUAAAGCAUUGCGAAACUAUAGUAGAGAUGAUAACACUGUUAGUAAAAAAUUAACAUCCAAGUAUUGAUUAAAAGAUUAUCUUCAAUUUUACAGAUAAUUAGAACAGAUAGAGGUUGUGGAAAAAGUUAAAAAUCUGGGAACCUAUGCAAUUAGAUUAAGUAAAGGGAGUAACAAAUUUUCUACAUAGGAUACAUUUACAGAUCUGUUAAUCUCAGGGUCAGAGCAUUUCAAAUCCAUUACCUGAAACCCACAAAUGGUACAAUUUUAAUUGAGGGGCCCUAGAUAAAGAAGUUUGUUAGAAACAAUAAUACUUAGCUGGUAUAACACAAAGAAGUUAAGAAUUCUGGAGCAAUUUUUCAUUUACAUAUUAAAAAAGCAUAUAAACAUCAUUAAUGCACAGGACUUGAUAGAACUGGACAUCAGAUGGAAACAAGAAAUUGGGAGGAUUUAAUUGUUUAUAGGACAGAAGAAUAAAGGAGGAAGUUCAAUAUAAGGAAAGGGUGAAAAAUUAGCACUUUUAGCUGAUCUGGGAAGCAAGGUU